AUUAUAGAACCUGAACUGGAUUCUGUACCCUUAUUGGUGGACCCUUAGGUUCUCUGGACUCUAGAACCUGAACUGGAUUCUGUACCCUUAUUGGUGGACUUAGGUUUGUCUGGACUCUACAACCUGAACUAGAUUCUGUACCCUUAUUGGUGGACUUAGGUUUGUCUGGACUCUACAACCUGAACUAGAUUCUGUACCCUUAUUGGUGGACUCUUGGGUUUGUCUGGAUUAUAGAACGUAUGGAACUGGAUUCUGUACCCUUAUUGAUGGACUUAGGUUUGUCUGGACUCUACAACCUGAACUGGAUUCUAUACCCUUAUUGGUGGACUUUGGGUUUGUCUGGAUUAUAGAACCUGAACUGGAUUCUGUACCCUUAUUGGUGGACCCUUAGGUUCUCUGGACUCUAGAACCUGAACUGGAUUCUGUACCCUUAUUGGUGGACUCUGGGUUUGUCUGGAUUAUAGAACCUGUGGAACUGGAUUCUGUACCCUUAUUGGUGGACUCUUAGGUUUGUCUGGAUUAUAGAACCUGUGGAACUGGAUUCUGUACCCUUAUUGGUGGACCCUUAGGUUCUCUGGACUCUAGAACCUGAACUAGAUUCUGUACCCUUAUUGGUGGACUCUUGGGUUUGUCUGGAUUAUAGAACCUGUGGAACUGGAUUCUGUACCCUUAUUGGUGGACCCUUAGGUUCUCUGGACUCUAGAACCUGAACUAGAUUCUGUACCCUUAUUGGUGGACUCUUGGGUUUGUCUGGAUUAUAGAACGUGUGGAACUGGAUUCUGUACCCUUAUUGGUGACCCCUUGGGUUUGUCUGGAUUAUAGAACCUGUGGAACUGGAUUCUGUGGACUUGGUGGUGUUCAAGGUUGAAAGUGUUCUGCUGUGGGUAACAUGAGUGUCUGGUCACUAAACCCUCCGUAGUUCCUCAGGCUCCACCUGCUGCUGUUCAUUGCUGCAUACAUGGACAUUUGAAUGGGUCUGUGUGAAGGUUCCAGCCAAUAUGAUGAGCCAUCUGAAGGAGGCGGUGCUAAGCCGGGAGACACGUGGCAAGGUGCAGACGUGGACCCAGCCUCGAAUUUACACUGUGGAGGAGAUGGAGUGUAAAAUCUGCUAUAACCUUUAUAACAGCCACAGCAGGAAGCCCAAAGUGCUCAGCUGUCUGCACCGCAUCUGUGCCAAGUGUCUGAACAAGAUGCUGGACAUGGUUAGAAAAGCUGGAAUCACAGCCAUGCUCAGCACCCAGUCUGUAGUCACCACAGGAGCCACCUGUACCCACGCCACAGAAACUUCUGGUGACUCUGGCACGCCCUCCUCAGGUCCAAACAGCUCCUCCCGCCUCAGCGGCAUCAACUCCGAGUGUAACAACACCAGUGGACCAGCACCCUCGUUGCCCGUCUACUCUCCGGAAUCCACUCUGGUCAGGCCAUCGGGAAGGUCAUCUCUGCACUCGGUGAUUCCAGCUGUUGUUAAUGGAUCUGCUUCAGAGCACACUACCUCUGCGGCACCCGUAGUGCUAGACGGAGCAGCACCAGUGCGCAUCGCUCCAGCUUCACCAACGGCGUCUGGAGGAUCAGCACCAGAGUGCAUCGCACCCAAUUCACCAGCGGCCUAUGAAGGAUCAGCUUCAGCUCGCAUCAUCUCAUCUGCAAUGAGUUGGAUCAGCGCCAGCGUGCACCGCUCCUGCGAUGUCUGGUGGACCUACACCAUCGCACUCUGUUCCUGUGGAGUGCACCGCUCCAACACGUUGUCAGUUAUGACAGUCAGACCGUCCUCUCCUCCUCGUCUAGCCUCAGUGACAGUGGCACUCUGGAAGGCAACCACCGAGGACAGUCAUGAUGGGACUGUCCGGCUUAUGGAGGAUGACCAGCACCUCUUGGCUCUCCUGUCAUGUCAGGACCAGGCCCGGCCAGGUGGCUGUGGGGAAGUGGUUCUGAGUUCCAACAGUCUGAGUGACGUAGGUGGGAUGGGGUCCAUCCAAAGGUCUUCAGACUGUCUUGUCAUAACCAUCAUGGACCUCCGUGACAGGUCUUCUUCUUCUUCAGACUCUCUAAGCAUGCUCAACGUGGUGAGUCUGUACCACCCACCCAGCCUAGACUCACUGCCUUGCAACCUGCUGACUCAGAAGUGUUGCCCCUGGACAUCCCACACCCUGCCCCGUUGCCUGCUGGGGGCACUGUGCUUGGUGUACUUCAGCUCCCUCCCACUGGGGAUCUACCUGCUGAUGACUGGUCACCUGUGGGUGGGUGUGGUCCUGGUCAGUCUGGUUCCUUCCACGCUGCUGAUGCUCGUUCUGUACGGCUUCUGUCAAUGUCUGUGUCAAGAACUGAUGGAGGUGCUCGCCAUGUCAUGACACAUCUUAUCAUAGUAAAAAAAAUCCGUGCAAAACUACACAGACCCAACGCCAUUCACCCCACUAAACUACACAGACCCAACGCCAUUCACCCCACUAAACUACACAGACCCAACGCCAUUCACCCCACUAAACUACACAGACCCAACGCCAUUCACCCCACUAAACUACACAGACCCAACGCCAUUCACCCCACUAAACUACACAGACCCAACGC